UGGAGGGCGGAAGUCUGGCUUUAGCUUAGCGCGAAUUUUCUUCCAUAGGUCUCAAGCAAGUUGUGCCUAUUGACACUCUCAUUACGAUAGUUCAUAGUAAGCUUCGUAGCCAAGUAAAGCUAAAAUAAUAUUCCAUGCAGGACAGAAUAUUGGCAUCUGUGUCCUAUAUCUGAAGACAAGAAAUGGCGGAUGGUGGAGCUCUAAUGGACGGAGACCUGGAAGAUGGAGAAAUCUCCAGCUCAGAUACUGAGAUGGGAACCGCAGCAGCAGCACACACUCAAUCACAGGCUCUUCCAGCUUUUAGCGACCAGUCCUUCCACAACAGAGCCGCUGCCCAGACCUCUGCUACCGCCUACCGCAGCGCUGCCAGGACGGUGGACUCCAGCGACAGUGAGUCGUCUGACGAGGAGGCGGCUGUUUGGCGGCGGAAGCGCCAGAAAGUGUCUAACGCUCCCCAGCCGCCGGCCUGCAACACCCGGCUAGGGCCGACUCCCACACCCGCUUUCAGCGCACCGGGAGGCCGCAAAGUGAACAAUAUCUGGGGCUCUGUUGUCCAGGAGCAGUGCCAGGAUGCCGUAGCUGCAGAGCUGGGCGUAUUUGGUAUGGAGGGUGAAGUUAGCAUGUCCAGUAGAAAUGUGGAGACUUAUAACUAUGUACUGGCUCGUAAGAUAAUGGAGAAGGAGAGAGAGAUGGAGAACCAGAAGGAUAAAGGCGAAGUGAGCAUGCUGGAUGCCGAGCUGGAGGAAUACAUGAAGGAGAGAGACAGUGAGGAGAGGGCAGGGGGUGAUGCAAAGAGGAAGAGGUCAGUGAGAGAGAGACUUGGCCCCAGAGCGGAGAUGGAUAUCAAGGGCCGGUAUGAGAUCACAGAGGACGAUCCUGAGGAUAAGGUGGCAGACGAGAUAGCACACAGGCUGCAAGAGCCUAAAAAAGACCUGAUAGUGCGCAUUGUUGAAGUCAUUGGGAAGAAAAAAGCCAUAGAAUUACUCGGAGAGACUGUUACACUAGAGGAGACUGGCGGCGUGUACACAAUAGACGGCAGCAGGCGACGAACACCUGGCGGUGUGUAUAUCAACCUGCUGAAGAACACACCCAGCAUCACCAAGGCUCAGGUCAGGAAAAUAUUCUCAGAGGAACAACAGAAGGAGUACAAGAUCAAGAAGACUGCCCAGAAGAGGAGGCGGCACUUGUUGGCCAAGAGGAUGAAGCAGGCCAUUGGCACGCUGAACCUGCAGGAGCACGAUGAUGUCUCCAGAGAGACUUUUGCCAGUGAUACCAAUGAGGCCUUGGAGUCACUGGAGGAGGCUGCAGAAGAAGAAGAAGAGGAGACUCAGGAGGAAGCUGCUGUGGGCAUUGAGGAGACAGCAGUGGUAUACAACUCUGCAGACCUCGAGGUCUUCUGAGGGCUGUUGAACUCCGGGAGGUUUGACCUGGACAGGACAUUUUGUAUUGAAAUUAAAACAAAAGGCUUAAGACACUGUAUAAAUACUGUCUCUACUGAGUACAGGAUCACGCCCAAGUGUGCUUUUUGAAUUUGUGUUUUGUUUUUUGUUUUUUACCUUAAAGGUUAAAAAGGAGAACUUAUGUUAACUAAUAUGCUGUUUUUGUUGUAGACUUCAAUCAUAAUGAUCAAAAAACUUAAGCAAGUUGUUGCAACUUAUUGGAGUAACAGUGAAACACUCUUGUUGAUUUUAAAAUACAGUAACUUUGUUUUCUUAUAAUUUUCAUUAUAAGAUAAUGAGGUCUUGAUUUAUUAAUUUAAUUUGUGUGACUGUAUCUGCAAUAUAAAUAAAGUUGAAAUUACAUGCAAUAAAAUAACUUACUGUAAA